AUGGAGCCCACGCCAGAGUUUAUAAGGAUCCGCUCGAGACAGCCCGUCAAUGAACGGGAUCAGAGCAGCCUGAGUAUAAGCAGCAGCUCUGAUUCUGCUGUACGUUUCUCUUUUUUCCUCUUCAUCGAGACGGAGGGGAAAAUGGUCGCUGACAUCAUUCAGUAUGGUUCAUCGAGCGAGAGUUGCUCCCCAGCGACACAUGAUAUCAGCCGAGUUAGCUACCAUGUCAAGCACCUCGAGAGCUUUGCCCAGGCUUUGGAAGAUUCAGCGAGCAGGGCAUUCCCAAACCGAGGCCCUACCCAGCGAUACACCAAGGUCCACGCCCUGAUGCUUCACUGGAAGAGCGAUGAUUUGUUUGUUUUGCCAGAGUUGGAGGACUUGGAGAAGUGCUUCCGGGAUCACUACUGCUUCGAGACCGACAUCUUUUCGAUUCCGUCUGAGAACUCUCACCUGGAGUUGAUGCUCAGGAUUGGCGACAUGGUCAAACAAUACGAAUCCGAACAGACACUAUUCGUGGUCUACUAUGGAGGUCAUGCCAGGAUAGACGAGUCACGGCAGAGCACCUGGUGCGCUAAUCGCCGUCAUGAUUCACCGUGGCUACAAUGGUCUGCCAUCCAAACUCUCCUCGAAAGAUCAAUAUCAGAUGUGUUGAUUCUUCUCGACUGUUGUGCCGGAGCAGCCAGUGCCACAUUCCCGACAGGCCAAAGCAUCACCGAGACCAUCUCCGCUUCGAGUUGGGACGCCAUCGCCCCUGAUCCGGGAAGAUAUUCUUUCACCAACACCUUGAUCGAGGUUCUUGAAGAGUGGAGAGGAAAGACAUUCUCGGCCGCGAUGCUGCACGCCGAGGUCCUUGCUCGUUUGAAGCAUCCACGUCCCAUCUUGAUCAACGGCAAACACUUCGAGGCGAGAUCAACACCAGUUCACUUCAUGAUGACGUCGAACCACAAAGCACCCAGCAUCGAGAUAUGCCGACUGGUGCCACCAAAACCUGCCAAGUCCCGUCGUGGCAUGGCAUCGAGCUCAGUCCCAACGGGUCGGGACUGGCACCAGCCAUUCCCAUCCUCGAUGGAUGACAUGAUUCCGACGGCCUCGGAGCCGAAUGAGGACGAGCCUCACGUGAUGAUUUCCCUGGCUCUGGAGGAUGACCAGAAGCUGGAUUUGAAUAAGUGGGAGGAGUGGCUGGCAAGCUUUCCUGCGCUGGCGAAGUUUGUCAAGGUGCAAGGCGUCUUCAAGAGCCGAUUGCGACACUUUUGUUGCUAUCACUACCGGACUGAUGGUGUGGGAUUUUCUUCCUGA